UAUCCACUCUCUGUCGAACGGUUCCAUUGGCCAGUCUGUUGUAACGGAAGGUCUACUUUUUUUCUCGUACGGGGUGCAUGAAUUGUUAGGGAUAAAAUUGCCCAUUCUCAGCUGUGGAAAGCUAGGUGAAAAUUGCGUUUCGCUUUGUUGGACGAAGCGAAUUUCGGGACUUUUGGUGAUUUUCCUCAUGUAUAACUGCAAGUGAAAAGUAGUUAGUCGGGAUAACAAACAAGGGAAAAUCCCCCGAGUGACACAGGAGCAGAAUAAUUUAUAACCAUUGUCGAAGGUUAUCGAUUUGGUGAUUCAGUGGAGAUAACAGUGCAAGUUUUGGGAGAACAUUGUGGAAGAUUGUGUUUUUGCCAGUUGGAAUAAGUACUAGAACCCAAGGAAGGAGAAAAAAACUUGUGCAGGAGGAAUCGUGUUCAGGACUAAUUGACAAAAUGGGCGACCACGGCCCGGAUAUGAACACACUGGAAACUGAUUAUGUUGUUCUGAUUUCAGUGGUGCCAGCGGUUCUAGGACUUACAGCGGCCGCUAUCCUUGCCGUGACGGCGUGCUUCUGUGCCCGACGAAUUCGCCGCCAGAAGAAGAAGGCUGGCCAUGAGGUGUCUUCGUUGCCAUUCCAACCACCCAGACCGCCGCGGGCGGUACGAUCACCCAGCGGACAGCCCCCACAGUACCUGAAGAAAUCUCCUUCGCCGACUGGUAUCAAGCCACCGCCAGGAGGUCAUCUUCCCGCACAAUCUCCCACAGAUCAAAGUUGCAUUCCGACAAGCACAGCCACGGCCAUUCCCACCACGACAACCAAAUACAGCGAGGAAAAUGAGCUCACCCCGAAGAAAAAUCAACUUGAACCGAACUCACCGGAUGUGGACACGCUGGAUGGAAACGACAACGAAACGGAGAACGGAAAGCUGGGUAGCAUUGUGUUCAAGUUACGCUAUCUGGCCGAUCGGAGCGCUCUGGUAGUUUCGGUGGUUCGCUGCCGAGGAUUGCCGGAGAAGAAUCACAACUCGAGUACUGCGGACAUGAGCGUCUUACCGGUGGGUUCACUCUGCAAUGGGAAUGGGAACGUGAAGCAGGCUGCUAGCGAUCCGUACGUGAAGCUGCAGCUGCUGCCUGAUAAACAGCAUAAAGUAAAGACAAGGGUCGUUCGCAACACACGGAACCCGGUGUACCAUGAGGAUUUCACUUUCUACGGACUGACCCUGACCGAGCUGGCCGGAAUGUCGCUGCACUUCGUUGUGCUCAGCUUCGAUCGGUACAGCCGAGAUGACGUUAUUGGUGAAGUUGUUUGCCCACUGAGCGGAAUAGAUCUGCAGCAAAUCGAAAGCCAACAGGUAGCUCUCAGCCGGGAGAUUCAACCCAGAAGCUUGAAGAUUCGUGCCCAAGGCCGUGGAGAACUGCUGAUAUCACUCUGCUGGCAGCCGGCUGCUGCCCGACUCACAGUUGUUUUGCUGAAGGCUCGCAACUUACCCCGAAUGGAUGUCACCGGAUUGGCCGACCCAUACGUCAAGAUCUAUCUGCUCUACAAUGGACAACGGAUCGCUAAGAAGAAAACUCACGUGAAGAAGAGAACACUGAGUCCGGUGUUCAACGAAAGCUUCGCGUUCGACAUCCCAUCCACCGAGGGGACCGGGGCCGUGCUGGAGGGUGUUUCCCUCGAACUGAUGCUGCUAGACUGGGAUCGGGUUACGAAGAAUGAAGUCAUCGGACGCCUUGAGCUGGGCGGUCCACGGAGUACCGGUUCGGCAUUGAAUCAUUGGAAGGAGGUGUGCAAUUCUCCCCGUCGACAGAUUGCCGAUUGGCAUAAAUUAAGGGAGUAAGCAGGGGUGUGUGCGCGGGUCGAAAGUGAUAGUGGAAAAAACCGUGUAUUUAUUAUAUGUUGUGUUACGAUAGGUUGAUUUUAUCGGCACAUCGAAAGUGAGCUACAACUAGGGCACGAACUUUUGUUGAAAAUGUUGGAUAAGUGCAGAAUUCGAAAAAAAUGUGUUAAUUGUUUGGUUGCUGAAAUAUUUAAAAUAGUCCACAUUUCAGCAUAAUUUGAUGAAAAACCUUCUAGAUAUGAAGUAAGAGAACGAUUGUUGAGUUGCAUUUCAAAUCCUGGCAGAAGUAAACGUGAAAAAUAUGUUCUAACUGGCAAUAUACAGAAAGAUAAAUCUAUAGUUUGCUAUAACACAAGAUUGGGGAGAAUAUAACCUACUUACCCAUACAUACAUCUAGACAAACGAAAAAUUAAAUGAAACAAGGUCUACAAUGCUUCUAAUAUAUGCAGGAAAAAUUAACUCGCUUGUAAUCCAAUACUGUUGAGACAAAUGAUGCAAGGAACUUCCGACAAGAGAGAGAGCAAACGAUAGUAUUUAAUAUAAUAGAUCAACGUAGAACAACUACUAUCUAGUAACGAAUCAGCAUAGAAGAGGAGUGUAUGUAUUUGAAGUGAAACCGUUUCCAAGCAAUUGCAUAAACACACACGUACAGUGAAUAUCAGAUCGGAAUAAUUGUGCUGGAGAUGAGUGAUUUCAACUAUGUGCGAAAUAUUAGAAAACCCACUGAAAUUUUUAUGUAAAAAAUACCAACUUGCACAAAUUUCAUCUUCACAGAUCACAAAGUUGACAGUAAUAAUGAGUAUUUGACGACGAUAGUGACGUUACGGUUCGAUCCAUAAUCAACCAGAGUUCGAUUUUUUUUCUAUUCGAGAUUUUUAAAAAUAUUAGAAUGUACGACGAGAACAAACGCUAAAAUUUUGCAGUUCUUCUUCAAUACGUCUUGAAGACUAUUUUUCAUUUUUUUUUGCUCAAAAUGUGUAUUCAAUUUUUUUGAGCACUACUACUCGAUACAUAAGUCAUCUUCGACAAUCGCCUAGAUCAGACGAACCGCGAAUUUUGAUUGGAUUUCCGUACCCUGUGUAUGCCAUCAGUUCCUGGCAGUUUCCGGAUGCAUAAUAUAACUGUUCAUCCUUUUCACGCGCUAAAUCCCGUUUAACGGGUUACCCAGACAUUCUAACCACGGCUUAUAGGGUGUUCCAUUAUGUCAUUUAGAACUUUUCCGGAGAAAUGGUUCGCAUUUUCACGAAAAUGAUGACAAUCGUGCCAAAGUUUUGCAUAGACAUCAUGAUCUUUUUGUGACACUUUCGCGCAGGACAAAUCGUGAAUACGCUUUCACUUCCGCUUGAUGUUACCUUCAGACUGUUCUGUUGACAGCCUAUUGUGGUCUGAGUUGUGGCACACGUACACGUAACAUGAAUCAAGAUAUUCUACACACAAGUAAACUGGGAAUCUUAUUAGUAUGAUGUUGCAAUCUAAUAUCGCCCCAUCACAUCGUGUUUUCACGUAUGUUACAUUAUUGGUUAUAUUCCUUCAAUAUCGGAGCUCAAUAGUAAAAUUGAAGCGCUUUUGUCUGAUAAUUGUUCUGUUUCUGUUGAAGUGUAUCUUUUGGACAGGUGAUAAACCUUCCAUCAUUUUUACCGAAUAUUUUGUACAUUUAUAAAGGUAAACUUGUGUUUGUAGCAACACAUAUUUUAAGUGUAAAGUAGGACUCACCACCGCCUAUUUUUCGCCGUAUAGGGUAUGGGAGUGAGGUGAAUAUGCUCGAAUGGAUCAGUACAACUGUUGGAGAAUGCAAGCCAGAAACCAAAAAAUACUGACACUCAAUGCAUAGAUGUAUUAUAGAUCUAAGAUAAACGCUAUGGAUUUAUAUUAAGAGACAAAUAGGUAAACACACAGAAAAAAAACGAAACAAGCUUGAUAGAAACAGAUUAUAUUCCAUAAUAACAUGAUAAUCACUAAUACAGUAAAUAAACCCAAAAAUUGAACAUUUGGCAGAUAAACAUCAAAGAACAAACCGCUCGGGAAGAUGAAUUGUGACGAGGCAAAUGUUGUCGUAGGAAUUCUGUAAAACAGAAGAUAAGGUUUAAUUUUAGUUGCACAUUUGAUUGUGUUGUUGUAAAUACUGUUAGUCCUGUUAUAUCUUUUUGAGGUCAAAUAUCAUGCUAUAGAAUUCGAUGCUGAUUGUCGGUUUCUUCUACGAUUCAGGAUCCGCGCUGCAUCGGCUUGAAUAAACAACUGUUUGUUCAGUGUGUGGUCGAGCGUUAUUGUGAAGGAUAACAGCUUUGUGCCUUUGACUGAACUUUUUUACAAAUUAUUCCGUUCAAUUUCACUAGCUAGUAGUUCAGUGCCAUUACCGGAGUUGUUGGGGUUUGGUUGUAACGGUAAUGGACCCAUGUUUUCUUGCAAUUGGAAUCGUUAUAAGGUAUGUGCACAGCAAAACAUACCUAAAGAAAAACUCGCAGUUAAAAAAUUUUUUUUUUAUUCAUAUUAGAAAUAUUUCUACAUGAAGAGGGAUAUCUUACUUAUUGUCAGCAGCCUUGUUAUCCGCAUCUGAGUUUCCUUGUGAGGAGCCUCUGAGUUUGCUCUUUUUCUGUGUCAUGAACGAUUAACGAACCUGCAGAGACACGACAAGUUUAUCAGCCGUACAGUAGAAUGUAUUUGACGUUUGAGUGACAUAUACGGGUGUUCGUACGUAGUGGGAUCUGGCUUGAGCUCCAAAUAUUCCGGAGAUCUACGAAGGCACACCGAGUCUACCUGGCCCGUGUGGAUAUAUUUUCGACUUGGUCAUCAAGCUUACCCUGCAUAUCAGCUCCUCGCUGAGCGAAUAAGAAAACGUCGUCGGUCAGGUCAAGAUUGUUUAGAUGUUUUAUGGUUAAAAAUUCCAUCGUAAUUGGUCAAUAAAAUAAAUUGAUUUGGUCAACUAUAAAUAUCUUCAGUUAGGAUAUUAUCCAUGAGGAUAAGAAAGAGUGAUAAUAUUCAUUCUUUUCUCACUACAGCAGUAACGCGUAUAGGUUCCGACAAGACAUCGUGGUGCAGCAUUUUUCACAAGCAUGUCUCAUUAUGAGCUCCGAUGGGAUGACCGAGCUUCUCUAGGACCCCCUUCCUACGCAAGGGUGUGGCCAAAAUAUUUUCUCGAUUGAGUCGGACAAAGGCUUUUUCAGAAUCAAUGUAUUCUUAUAGAAAAAAAAAGGGUGGGUUAUAUAUAUGAUAUAACCGCAAGGUUGACGUGCGACUACCAUUGGCUUAGUAAUAAUUUGUUUGUAUUGAUUAAAUUAUUGACUUAAUGAAACAAUGUUCGAAUUCAAUUGAAUUCAACAUAUGUGCUGUGUAAGUGAAAAAUUUGAACAAACGCCAUGCAAUGUAAGGUGGCUUGGUUUUUGUGUUGGGGAAAUCCCUAAAUAGGGCCAAUCAAGCAGUUAGAGCGCUUAGAUAGCGCUUGACAUUUUACAGUUAUUCAAUUGCCUAGAAAUAUUUCCUAUCAAUUGAUGCAAACAACUUUCCGAUCUAUUAAGAAAUGUUCGAGUUAUAAGCACUCGAAAUCUUUCAUUUUUUCCUGCUUGUUCUGUGGUUAGGUUUCUAUUUUACCCCCCAUAUAUUCCGGUUAGAAGUAGUCCCACGUCAAAAUCCUGGAACUCGUUGACUUGGUUUGAUAUGAUCCGAAGAGUAGGUAUGUGAUCCUCGCAUGAUCAAAUGGCACGGAACUCGGCUUGCUAUUCUCUAAAAUAGCGUCAUUUUUCUUCCUGUUCUGGUUGAGAGUACUUUUAGAUUCAUACACAGCAAUAUCUUUUUUUUCUCUUGGGAAUUUAAACCAAGAUGCCCUGCAUUCAGUUGGCCUGGAAAUGCACAGUUUCCCAGAUAUCGCUGAAGAGUUGAUGCUACAUCUCUAUUGAUAGGGUUUGAUCAGUCAAUUACUGGCGCUUGUUGGACUUCAUGUUUGUGAUAGCCACAUAGAUUUUCACCAACGACGGGGUUUCAGAUUUGACGCGGAUGAUCGAUGCACUAUCAUAACUGUAAAUUGCGGGUUCUAUUGGUCAUCACUGUUCGAGACUCGAAAGAGCUUAUCGAAGUGUCAAACCUAACGCUUGAGCUGAUCUUGAGCUUUACAUUUGCCAAUGUAAUGUCUUGCGUUCUCUAGUGUUCCACCAACGGACUUCGCUCAUUCCCAGGACUUCUAGCUUGAGGCGAGUGGUUUCCUAUCUAGUUGAGUAAGCCUCCCCUGCUGAGCCACAUACAAUACAUUCCAUGUCAAAAGUUUACCUGCUCGGUCUUUUAGCGGCAUUCGUCCAAACUCCACUAAGGCAGUGAGAAAUGUCUUAUUACCAUUUACGGUAGUAACAAAGCUAUUCUUGAGGAUCUUCCAUUGUUCUUGAUCAGUUCCAUUGGUUGGAAGUUUCGAGGUUCGGGAUUGAAGUUGAACGAAGCAUGUCCUUCUCAACUCUGGAUUCUUCAGCCUGGGACGUUGUAUCGGCAUCCGACGAUCUUCUCACAUCGUUCAACACGAUCAAGAUGGUGUUCAGAUGCAAUGUCGGCAAUGCGCUUGUUGCGGAUAUCAAGAAGACUCCUUCUCCACUUUCGGUUGAUGCCGAUGUGAUCAAUUUGGUUUUCUGUUGGACCGUUUCGAGAAAUUGCCGAUGGUCGAAGGGAAAAGAGCGGUCCGUAAUGACCAUGUCGGGUCCCACAUCAUACGGGCUGCAUGAGAUUCCGUUCCUAGCAGAAACUCAGCUCCUCAUUCUUGGCAGGACAUACACGUACCUAUGUCUUCGUACAAACUCCGCUCAGUCUCAGGAUGUCAUGCAUAAGGCGAUUGGUUCUUCUUACUCUGCUGAGCAUGAACCAGUACGUAUCAUAAUCUGAUUCGUGGCGCUUUUACCUCCUCCUAAAGAUCCGGGGUGGGCUUGACGCUUUUUUCCGCCUCAAUGCUUUUUUACUGCUUUGGCGACUGACAGGAUGGUAUCUACCGUGAUGAAUCUAUCGUUUCGGAAUCAGAAUUGAUUCUUCGAGAAUCCGCGUUCACUUUCUGUGCACGUCGCCAACGUGUUGAGAACGACGAUUUCAAGCAGUUUCCUAGGAUAUCCAGGACUCAAAUGCUCACACUACAAUAUCUGUCAAUUCGACGGCAUCGGUGCCUCAAGGAAAAGAUUGUAGCUAUUCUGUUCUUAUCCUUCUUCUUUUUAGUGGAUUCUAAAUGCGGACGGUGUAACGAAUUGGUUGAUGAUCUCGGUGAGUUAUUGCUGCUGUUUCUUGGCAGUCUUAGCUGAAUGUGUCUCCGAAGGUUUUCCUCAGACAAAUUGUCUGGAAGGCAUGUCUUAGCUCGAAUAUUUGUAUUGUUCUUCGUUGUGUCGGUUAUGGUAGGUUUAUGAAGUGCUCGCGAUAGCAGUGUCUUGUUAAUAUAGCAACUGUGCCGACACUUUUUCAAUAGCACAAACUUUUUGCAUGAUGAGUUACCUCCGUUACCAGUUUUUUGUGAGGAAGUGGUCAAACAAAGAAUUAAGGUUCCUGACAAUGUGUUUUGAGCCCACAAUUCAUUCAUACCCAUCGUAUAAAACGCUUGAUUCAUUUAGAACCCAGAAUCACAAAAUCAGUUUUAUCUCGGGAUUGGUUAGAAGUACAAAAAAUGUUUUUAUAUCAAAAAGCAGAUAAUUUAUUGUUUCAGAAAAUAUACAUAUUAAAAAACAUAUUCCGUUAGAGUUUUGAUGAAUAUUCGUACUUUUCUUCGGAUACCCUCCAUCAAUGUUAGGAUUCUCUGUUGGUCAACCUCAGCGGCCAUUUUUUUCCACGAUCAUUUCAUGUCUGCAGCAUCCCGAGUCACUUUGGCGCCCUUCUUGAAUUUCCGCUUCACAAUUACCUAAUAUUUUUGGAUUGGGUGGAAUCGGGGGCAAAUAAAUUAUAUAAUCACCCCAAUUGUCAUGGUAUUGCUGGAGCACCUCUCGGAUGUGGUGGUAGCUUACCAAAUCUGCCCAAAACUUCACCGAACCUUUGUGAGCCGUAAUAAACGGUAGGAGACGUUUCUGCAGGCACUCUUCUCUAUAUAUUUUCGAGUCCAUUGUCUUAUUGUAACUUGGUUUGGUGCUGUGUCCUGCAAAUCCCUUGCCAAAUCGGAAACUUCCUGGAAAGUUUAUCAGCGAAAACGAACUUACAUUUGCUGGGAACAUCUCCUCUGGCAGUGGCCUUAUUCGCGUUGACGGUAGAAUGGUGUCGGCAUCUGGAUACGACAUUAGUUUGUAUGAAGCCAACUAUUCUCUAUCAGAUUAGUCGGCCUUAAGGCAGUUUUAAAUUUUUAAAAUUUUUCCUUGGUGUUAUUUACCUACUAGAAGUACGUUGUUUUGACCCUAAUUUAAACUAUUUUCUAUGAGUUUUUAGAUAUUUCCACCAAAAUUUACCAUUAUAAUAUUAAGUUACCUUUAGGCACAAUUUUUGUAUGAUAUUUUUUCAUUACUUGCAAACAAACGUGAUUUUAUUUUACAUAGAGUACUAAUUUGAUUUGGGAAAAAUAAUUUUCAUUCAUAAUUUUUAUUUUAAAAGUGUGUUAAUUUCUUCUGGACCCCAUAUUGUCAUGCCUGCUCCCCCAUUUCGUAAUACGAAGCUCAAUGCCGUCAACGCGGAUAGGAUUCCUAUCGCGGAGCUGUCCAAAAUAGAUCUUCACAUACGUUUCGUUAUCCAUUCAAAUGUAUACUUCGUACUUCGUCAAAACCUUGUUGGACAGUUUUUGAACGCGUCUUUAUGGCAACCAAACUUUGCUUCAGCGUCCUGUUCGGUUGCUUGCAGACAAGGAAAUUACGAUAACCUUCUCGCAUACGCGUACGUGAAACGUGAAAGACUUCAGCACAUUCACUGGUCAUAUAACAGGACACUGUCCGCACAUCUUCGGAAUUUAGGUUUCG